AUGGCUACAAAUUGUAUUACUGCUUAUAAACAAUUCAUUUCUGAUUAUCAAAGUGAUACCACUUUUCAAUCAACAAAAAAAGUUCCAAAGAAUGUUAGUAAAUCAAUUAUUAAUUUAAUAAAACAAAUUAAAGAAUCUAAUACUACUCUUCAAGAAGUUAUGUAUGCCCAUGCAAUGAAAGAAGGAUUUGUUAUGUCAAAUAGUAUUGGGGAUAGAAUUGCAGAAGCAAGUUUAUUAGCAUAUAAUACUGAAGAAGAUAAAGAAAAGAAAGAAAUGAUUCAAAUUGUUAAAGAACAUUUUAAUAUAAAUAUUGAUGAUCCAGAAAAUACUGCUAUUGGAAAUUACGCAUGUGAUAAGUUGGUCAAAGUACUUAAAUUUCAUUGUAAUCAAAUUGGAGUCCGUGCUUCUAUAAUUGAUGUUAAUAUUAAUCAUGAAAAUAGAAGAAAAAAUACGUCAUAUUUCACAAAAGAUUGUUCAUUUGAUGCAUGGAAAAUUUUAAGAAGAGGAACAAUUGUAUUAUAUAAAAUGCCUGCAGGAGAAUAUCAAUUUGCACGUGUUGCAAAAGAUUGUCGUCUUGUAAAUGAAAUUAUGGAUGUCCCUCUUUAUAUUUCUGCUGAUAAAACAAAACAAAUAGGAAUUUGUUGGAAAGAGUUGUUAAUAGUCCCUUCUGAAGUUGUUGAUCCAAGUUCAUUUGGAGGAUCACUAAGUGCUAUAUGUAAAGAUUGUGCAGAAGUAAUGAUGAUUAAAAUUAUGAAUGAGAUGAAUGACUUUGUUAUGAACAAACUUAAUACUGAUUUCAAGAUUGAUGUUAGUAUUCUUUGUAAAAAAGAUAAUUUAACUAGAAGAAGUGUAAAAAAAAUUAAAAGUGUUCAAGAACAAUUAAAAGGUCUUGGUGAAAAUCCACUAUCUGACUUUUAUGAAGAAGUUACUGAAACGUUAAGAGUUAAAUUAAGUUCAAUGGUUGAUCUUGUUAGAAGAGGAGUAGUUCCUACUUAUGUAGUUUUCCAAAAUAGACCAAAGAGAGAUAUUAUUAUGGGAGUUGCAUAUCUAGAAUGGGCUCGAAAUAAAUAUUCUCAAAUUCUUAAGAAUACUGAUAAAUUAAUAAAAGUUCUUUCUAAAGAAAAAGAAUUAAUUCUUAACGGUUCAUUACCUAAUGAAAUGAAAGAAUGGCAACAACAAACUUUAUCUGAAAAAUCUUUAGAAUUAUUAUGUGAAUAUGGUUUUGAUGAUUCUAUUGUAUUAAAUAACUCUACUAAUAUAGAAGGAGUAUUAUAUAAUAAGUUUAUUCUUGACCAAUUAUUAAGUAAUUUAAAUGAACCAUCAAUUGAUAAAGAAAUACAAAGUCUUAUUACUGAAAUGACUGAUAAAUUAUUAAAUUAUUUUGCUAAGUUAAGAAGUACUGCUGUUUCUUUUUCAAAACUUGGAGAUAAAGGAAAAAGUGAUGAACAAGUUAUAGAAAUUUUAAGUACUUAUAUUACUUCAAAUAAAGAAGACCUUAUUGAUUCUUCUCUUCAAAUUAUUGUUGAAGAAAUGAAACGUGUUCUUGAUUUAAUUAAAUCAUCAGAUAAACAAUAUAAUAAUAGAGAUGGGAAAAAAGGUAUUUAUGAUCUUUUUGUCGAUAUUCUUAAAAACCUUUCUCAACAAUAUUCAGAUUGUAUCGAACAAAAUAAAGAAGCAAUAGAAAGAUUUAAUGAAGAACCAUAUAUUGAAAAGAAACAAAACAUUGAUCAAGGUUUAAGUCUCGCACCUCAUGUUCAAAUGCAAAGAUGGUUGAGCAAGAAACAAGUCAAACAAAAUUAA